AUGAACAGUGAUAUCAGGGUGCCCACGCUGCGGCUGCUGGCAGAGGACCAGACUCUGCUGGGGAUAGUAUCGAGAGAGGAGGCGCUCUCCAAGGCCCGAGAGUCGGGGCUCGACUUGGUGAUGAUAGCGGCGGACGCGAAGCCGCCAGUGGCGCGCAUCAUGGACUACAGCAAGUUCCGGUACGAGCAGCAGAAGAAGAAGCGCGAGCAGCAGAAGAAGGCUGCUGCCAGCCGCCAGGAGCUCAAGGAACUCAAGAUGCGGUACAACAUUGACACAGGGGAUUACAACGUGCGCCUCAAGCAGGCUCUUAAAUUCCUGCACGACGGUGAUAAGGUGAAGCUGACAGCGCAGUUCAGAGGGCGCGAGAUGGAGUUCAAGGAGCUGGGAGUGAAGCUCUUUGAGAAGUUCCAACAUGACGUCGCUGAGCUGGCAAUCGUGGAGUCGAAGCUGGCGAUUGGGGAGUCCAAGGUGCUUCUGGAGGGGUGGUCGACAAUGCACAUGGUGCUGGUGCGCAACAAGGCCGUUCUCACUCCCCUCUCACCCUCCACGCACAUGCUUCUUGUCCUCUCCCCCUUGCGUCACCUUGCUCCCUCCCUGCAGCUGGCGAUCGUGGAGUCCAAGGCGCAUCUGGAGGGGCGGUCGAUGCACAUGGUGCUGGCUCCCAACAAGGCCGUGCUGCAGCGCAUGGCUGCCGCCGAGGAGAAGAGCCGGAGGGCGGCGGAAAGGAGCAAGCGCGCCGAGACGCGUGGAGUGGUGUCUGGGAGCGAGAGUGACGGGGGGGAGAGUGCAGGGGAGAGUGAUGGGGAGAGCAAUGGGGAGAGCAAUGGGGAGGAGGUGGUGGAGGUUGUGAAAGAGCCAAGUGGGCGGCAAUAG